AUGAGUCGCUUAGUUUACAACUGCAGUGUCGGAACUGUCGUUAACCUCGUCAAUGAGCCUUCCGUUGCUCUAUUCCGAAUCCAGGAGCAUAUUCGGAAAAGUGCGCCAGAAAUAGUGGAGGAAAGAAGAAAGGCGUUCGUCUGUGCCGAGAAGCUACAAGGUAUUAGCUUUGACCUGGACAAUACUCUUGAUGUGAUUUCCGCCUUUCCGAAACUUGAAUCCAACCUAACUCAUCUUCUGGAGACGUUGGAUGCGUGCAUUGUGCACCGGCAAUAUCUUCAGGCCAGUCAACAGAACAGGUUGGUUUCAUGCCUCGUAUUCUCAUGUGUGCAAUUUUUUGUCCUUGUGCUAAUGUACAGCAAGAGGGAUGAUUUUGAACUUGGUGUUGAUGUCGUGGCAUUAUUGGCGACCGACUUUUGA